UCGCUUUCAGCCUCCAGCAGGUGGCGCUAGUGAAACUCGAGCUAGGAGAAAGCUUUGUUGACGUAGGAUUCCACAGAAGAAGAAAGUGAUAGAAAUGGUGCGGAUAAAGUCGAGGCAUUUACUCUGCGAGAUCAAUGUGACAGACAGGAACUGCCUGCUGUUGCUGGAUGACCGGGCGGUUUUAGCCGCAGUGAAGGAUACGGUUCUCCGCAUGCAUGGGGACUACGGAGCAGCUCGCUGUAGCAUCGGUUUCUCAGUGAAAUAUCUGAAUGCUCACACUGGAAUCGUAUUCCUGCGUUUCCCCAAAAACUGCUACAAGCUACUUUGGUCUGCACUGCCUUUUAUUACCAGCAUUGAAUCAAGAGGGCAUAAAAUCUCCUGUUUUUUUAACUGUUUGCAUGUUGGAGGAACAAUAAGAACAUGUCAGAAGUUUCUGAUCCGAUACAACACCCAGCAGCUCCAUCGAAUGCUCCCGAAAUGUAAAAAUGAAGAGGAAAAACAAGAGAUUCGUCAAGCAAUUCUGAACUGCUCUCUGUUGAGAGGCAAAAAGGAAGCGUUUGAAGAAGCAUCAGAAAGUGAAGAGGAUGAGGAAGAGUAACUUCAUAACAGGCAGUUACUGGAAGCAGCUGCAUACACUAGUGUCUCGUCAAGAAUGCCCAUUUGUUAGGGUGUAAUUUUUGUUAUGGCACUGAUGGAGAGGAAAAUUUGAAUGAAUGCUUGCUCCCCUUUGUGGAAACAUAGCUCCCUCCUGCUGAUCAGUGUCUUAUUGACAAAGGUGAAUUGUCUAUAUGAAUUUCUUUAAGUAAGGGACACAAGAUGCUGUCAUACUAUCACUGGAUUUGCAGGAUGGACUGAUGGUCAACAUGAAUGUAUAUGUGUAUCUUGUAUGUGUGAAAUUCUAAUGAAUUUUGCAGAAGUACUGCAAACAUAUUUGAUACAUGUUAUUUUGUAUUUAUAAUGUUUUGUGCCUUUUUGUAUUUUUUUUUUCCAUAUAAAUUAAAGCAUUAUUUUGUAGUUGUCACUGUU